AUGGCGAACCUAGCAAUGACUGGUAUACUGGAAAAGAUGACCGGCAAAGAUAAGGAUUUCAGAUAUAUGGCAACAUCUGAUUUGUUGAGCGAAUUAAACAAAGAAAAUUUUAAAGCUGAUGGUGAUCUAGAGAUAAAGUUGUCAAAUAUUAUAAUUCAGCAACUUGAUGAUGUUGCGGGUGAUGUAUCUGGAUUGGCUGUGAAAUGUCUUGCUCCAUUAGUCAAGAAGGUCAGCGAGCAACGAGUUGUGGAGAUGACAAAUAAACUUUGUGAGAAAUUGCUAAAGGAGAAGGAUCAGCAUCGUGACAUUGCAAGCAUAGCUUUGAAGACUAUUAUUGCUGAAAUUUCUACUCAAUCUCUUGCACAGUCUAUUCUUCUGUCUAUUUUGCCACAGUUGAUUAAUGGAAUUACUGGCCCAGGAAUGAGCCAAGAGAUAAAAUGUGAAAGUCUUGAUAUCUUAUGUGAUGUUCUUCAUAAGUUUGGCAAUCUAAUGGCAACCGACCAUGAGCUGCUAUUAGGUGCUCUCUUGUCUCAGUUGAGUUCCACUCAAGCCAGUGUCAGGAAGAAAACUGUGUCAUGCAUUGCUUCUCUUGCUUCGAGCUUGUCAGAUGAUUUGUUAGCAAAGGCAACAGUUGAAGUUGUUCAGAACUUGAGAAAUAAAAGCUCAAAAUCAGAAAUGACUCGUACAAAUAUUCAGAUGAUUGGUGCUUUAAGUCGUGCUGUUGGAUAUCGUUUUGGACCCCAUCUUUCUGACACUGUCCCAGUGCUAAUUAAUUACUGCACAAGUGCAUCAGAGAAUGAUGAGGAGCUUCGUGAAUACAGCUUGCAGGCAUUAGAAAGUUUUCUGCUUAGGUGCCCCAGGGAUAUUUCUUCUUAUUGUGAUGAAAUUCUUCAUCUUAAUUUGGAAUAUCUAAGUUAUGACCCGAACUUCACUGAUAACAUGGAGGAGGAUACUGAUGACGAAACUCAUGAGGAGGAAGAAGAUGAUGAGAGUGCGACUGAAUAUACGGAUGAUGAAGAUGUAAGCUGGAAAGUCCGAAGAGCAGCAGCUAAAUGCUUAGCAGCAUUAAUCGUUUCCCGUCCUGAGAUGCUUUCAAAGCUGUAUGAGGAGGCUUGUCCAAAAUUAAUUGACAGGUUUAAAGAGAGGGAGGAAAAUGUCAAGAUGGAUGUUUUCAAUACAUUCAUUGAACUGUUGCAGCAGACUGGAAAUGUUACAAAAGGACAGAUUGAGAUAAAUGAACAGAGUCCAAGAUGGUUAUUGAAGCAAGAAGUGCCAAAGAUUGUCAGAUCUAUAAAUAGGCAGCUACGUGAGAAAUCUAUUAAGACAAAGGUUGGCACGUUUUCUGUUUUGAAAGAGCUUGUGGUGGUCUUGCCAGAUUGCCUGGCUGAUCACAUUGGUUCACUCAUUCCAGGAAUUGAAAAGGCAUUAAGCGAUAAGUCUUCUACCUCCAAUUUGAAGAUUGAAGCUCUUAUAUUUGCACGAUUGGUGCUGGCUUCACAUUCUCCUUCUGUUUUCCAUCCUUAUAUCGAGGCUCUCUCUAGUCCUGUUUUAUCUGCUGUGGGAGAGCGUUAUUACAAAGUCACAGCUGAGGCAUUAAGGGUGUGUGGGGAACUUGUCCGUGUCGUUCGCCCGAAUAUUGAGGGGGAUGGUUUUGAUUUCAAACCUUAUGUUCAUCCAAUAUAUAAUGCCAUAAUGUCACGCUUGACAAACCAAGAUCAAGAUCAGGAGGUAAAGGAAUGUGCUAUAUCUUGCAUGGGUCUAGUUGUGUCAACAUUUGGUGAUAACCUUGAUGUUGAACUACCUGUAUGCCUUCCUGUACUGGUCGAUCGGAUGGGAAAUGAGAUCACUCGACUUACAGCUGUGAAGGCAUUUGCUGUCAUUGCUGCUUCUCCACUGAAAAUAGAUUUAUCAUGUGUGUUGGAGCAAGUGAUUGCAGAGUUGACUGCAUUCUUAAGGAAGGCUAAUCGGCCUCUAAGACAGGCAACAUUGGGGACCCUGAAUUCCCUAAUUGUUGCUUAUGGAGAUAAAAUUGGCUCAUCUGCUUAUGAAGUUAUUAUUGUAGAACUUGCCACACUGAUAAGUGAUUCGGACUUGCAUAUGACGGCCCUCGCCCUGGAACUCUGCUGCACCUUGAUGGCAGACAGGUCAAGCCCGGUUGUUGGUUUGGCUGUUAGAAACAAAGUUCUUCCGCAAGCACUAACGUUAAUUAAGAGCUCAUUGCUGCAGGGGCAAGCCCUUUUGGCUUUGCAAAACUUUUUUGCUUCCUUGGUGUAUUCUGCAAACACAAGUUUUGAUACCUUACUAGACUCUCUGCUAUCAAGUGCUAAACCAUCUCCCCAGUCAGGUGGGGUUGCAAAACAGGCUUUGUAUUCAAUAGCUCAAUGUGUGGCUGUCCUUUGCCUUGCUGCUGGUGAUCAGCAAUGUUCAUCUACCGUGAACAUGCUAACUGAAAUUCUCAAAGAUGACAGCAGUACAAAUUCAGCUAAGCAGCACCUUGCUUUGCUGUGUCUUGGGGAGAUUGGAAGGAGGAAAGAUCUAAGCUCCCAUGACCAUAUAGAGAAUAUUGUCAUUGAGUCCUUUCAAUCUCCUUUUGAAGAGAUCAAAUCUGCAGCCUCCUACGCUCUUGGCAAUAUUGCUGUUGGUAACCUGCUCAAGUAUUUGCCUUUUAUUUUGGACCAGAUUGACAAUCAACAGAAAAAACAGUAUCUCUUGCUUCAUUCUCUGAAGGAGGUCAUAGUAAGGCAGUCUGUAGAUAAAGCAGAGUUUCAGGAUUCGAGUGUUGAGAAGAUACUUAAUUUACUUUUUAAUCACUGUGAAAGUGAGGAAGAGGGUGUUCGCAAUGUGGUAGCUGAGUGUCUGGGUAAAAUUGCACUUAUUGAACCUGCAAAACUUGUUCCUGCACUUAAGGUGCGAACAACCAGCCCAGCUGCUUUCACAAGAGCUACUGUUGUCAUUGCAGUUAAAUAUUCAGUAGUUGAGAGGCCAGAGAAGAUAGAUGAGAUUUUAUAUCCUGAAAUCUCAUCAUUCCUGAUGCUUAUUAAGGAUGAUGACCGGCAUGUUAGGCGUGCGGCUGUGUUGGCUUUAAGUACAUUUGCCCACAAUAAGCCAAACCUGAUUAAGGGGCUUCUUCCAGAGCUGUUGCCACUUCUUUAUGACCAAACUGUCAUCAAGAAAGAAUUGAUCAGGACAGUUGAUCUUGGUCCUUUUAAGCACAUUGUGGAUGAUGGGCUUGAGUUAAGGAAGGCUGCAUUUGAAUGUGUGGACACAUUGCUGGACAGUUGUCUUGAUCAAGUGAACCCUUCAUCUUUUAUUGUUCCUUAUCUUAGAUCUGGUUUGGACGAUCAUUAUGAUGUUAAGAUGCCUUGCCAUCUUAUACUCUCAAAGCUUGCGGACAAGUGUCCAUCUGCUGUUCUGGCAGUGCUGGACUCACUGGUGGAUCCUCUCCAAAAAACUAUUAACUUUAAGCCAAAGCAAGAUGCUGUCAAGCAAGAAGUAGAUCGCAAUGAAGAUAUGAUUCGCAGUGCUCUUAGAGCAAUUGCAUCCUUGCAUCGUAUAAGUGGUGGAGAUUGCAGCCUUAAGUUCAAGAACCUUAUGAAUGAAAUCUCAAAAUCUCCAACACUCUCGGACAAGUAUUAUUCCAUCCGAAAUGAAUGA